AGUAGUGGGGAGAACGGGGCCUUUAAUUGUAAUCUUAUCUCCACCUCCUGCUUGGGAGCUGGAUUCCAGGCUAUAUAAACUUUAACUAGUGCAAAUAUUAUAAAUUCCAUUUCAAUCAAUUGUCAGUGCAUGAGAACCUGUGACAUAGUAAAAUUCUGCUGCGCUAUAAAUCUCCUCUGCUGUUCAAGAUGACAAUUUACAUUUUAAUGUGUUUAUUACUGAGUUUCACCAUAGAACUAGCUGUAUCUACACCCCCACCAAGAGAAAGAGAUCAGGUUUUGUGCAUUACCCCUACAUUGAAUGAAGAACUUCAAUUUAUCAGACAAAUCUCAAGCCAGUACAAGACCAUUUUGUGGCAUCCAAGUUCACUCAGUGACAUCAGAAACAACAGUGAAAUCCACCUUUACGUUAAUGCAUCUUAUGCUGAAGAGUUGAAAAUGCGACUAAACUCAGCACACACCACCUACAGGGUAAUGAUUGAGGAUGUUCAGCAACUGAUAGAGAAACAAAAAGGCAUAAACCAGCCAUUAACUCCCCGUGGCUUCUCUUCUUAUUACGAACAGUAUCAUUCACUGGAUGAGAUUUAUUUUUGGAUGUCACAAAUGGUAAGAAACUAUCCAUCCUUCAUUCAACAAAUACUUAUUGGACCAUCAUCAGAAAAGCGACUAAUUUAUGUUUUAAAGAUCUUUAAAGGUACCAGCCCACCAAAAGGUGCCGUGUGGAUUGACUGUGGUAUUCAUGCCCGGGAGUGGGUAUCACCUGCAUUCUGCUUGUGGUUUGUGCAACAUCUCAUAGGUACACAGGACAAAGUGAUUGCUGACAUUGUGAAUACUUUGGAAAUAUAUGUUCUCCCAGUGUGGAAUGUUGAUGGAUAUGAAUACACAUGGACAACUGACCGCUUCUGGAGAAAGAAUCGUUCCAGGAAUAAAGGCAGCGAGUGCUUUGGAACUGAUCUGAACCGCAACUGGGAUGUAAACUGGUGUGGUAAAGGAGCAUCAAAAGAUCCAUGUAGUCAAAUAUUUUGUGGUGAAUACCCUGAGUCUGAGCCAGAGGUGAAAGCUGUUGCUACUUUUUUCAGACAGCGAUUGAAUCACAUCAAGAGCUACAUUUCAGUCCAUUCAUAUUCUCAAAUGCUUCUUUUCCCAUAUUCCUACACAACAUCUAAUUCCAGAGAUCAUGCUGAAUUGCACCAUGUAGCACAGAAGGCAGUUAAUGUUCUAAAGUCUGUGCACCAUACCAGCUAUACUUAUGGAACUUCGGCCCAAACUAUCUAUUUAUCUACUGGAUGCUCAGAUGACUGGGCCUAUGACAUGGGCAUCAAAUAUUCAUUUACCUUUGAACUUCGGGAUAGAGGACGAUAUGGAUUUUUGCUUCCUAUGCAUCUUAUAAAGCCAACUUGUGAAGAAACAACUGCUGCUAUAAUAGAAAUGUUAUACCACAUAGUCAAAACUGUUUGAAUACAAAUAAUAAAUAAUAAUCCUAAGUUUUGAUACAGCACCUUUUGUCAUGAGAAUGUCUCGAAUGGUUAACAGGAAUUAAUGUAAACUGUUGUGACUAUAUUUUGUAGGUGAACACAGCAGCUAACGUAUGGACAGCAAUGUCUCACUGUGUGUUCUGUAGGCGAACUUUACUUUAACAUCAACACAAUGGAUAAUUUUAACUGCUUUCUGAUAUCUUAAAUGUAACAAUGCCUCUUCUAUUUCAAUUGUUUAUAACAGAAAUGUAUUAAACACAGAAUUGCUGUAUAAUACGUGUUUCUGCUCGAGGAACUGUGCCCAAAAAUAAAAUGGGCAUCGACAAUAAUAUUUGGAGUUUCCUCUACAAUAGAAUAAUUUGAGUGGGGGAAAUUAGUGAUGUAAGAUUUCUUGGCAUCUGAGUAAGUUUUUAGGAAA